GGCUCAUGAAUAUUCAUAAGCGGCAUAGAGCUACACGCGGCCUCACCCUCGGUCGGUUGCUAGACGAGUCUGCUAUCUUUCAGCGACUUUAUCAUCGGUUUCCUUGGACUUUGCCGGACGUUUUCGGAUUUAAGGGAAGACUAAUAUCAGCAAAGGUCACAUUAUCCGGUUACGACCUGGUUACGCGUUUGAUUGACGUGUGCAAGCCACGCCCUUGCUUUAAAUCCACCUGCGCUUUCAGAAACUCACUUUAGUGAAGCGCACAAGGAACCUGAGCACUCUCUGGACACGAGUAAUAGCGGAUAAACCCUCCAUUAGAUAUAUCUGGACCGUCCAGCCCAAGAAUAACUGCAUCUACUGCUGCUCUUCGUUCUGCUUCUGAUCAAAGCCCUGCAGGUCAAUAGGACAGCAAAGAUGAUGCAAAUCUGCGAUUCCUACAACCAAAAAAACUCCCUCUUCAAUGCCAUGAACCGGUUUAUUGGUGCCGUGAACAACAUGGACCAGACGAUUAUGGUGCCAAGUUUGCUGAGGGAUGUCCCAUUGGACCAGGAAGGGGAGAAAGAGGUGAACUCCUUCCAGGAGGGAGACAUGUACGGCUCUUAUGUGCUCCUCAAAUCAAUUAGGAACGAUAUCGAAUGGGGUGUACUUCAAGCCGACGAGAGGCGCAAGGAAAAGCACGGCGUGACGACGGCCCUGGAGAUGUCUCACAUUGAACCGAACGAUGAGGACUUGGAGAAGCAGUUUCAUUUUCAUCUAAACGGACUGCAUACGGUUCUGGCGAAGCUCACCCGAAAAGCCAACACUUUAACAAACAGGUACAAACAAGAAAUUGGUAUCGGUGGCUGCGGGAAUUGAAAUGAACUAGAGCUUACUCCAUCCAUCCGCCGGUGGACCGCAAAAAAAGUUCUCAAGAGGGUGCAGCAGGGGUUGAAGCCAAAUGGGCCCCUGGUGGCUUCCGUGCAUCCUUAAUUCCCCGGAUCGGAAAAAAGACUUGUAUUCGACGCCGGUUUACAAGCACCCUUAAUACCCCUGCUAAUAUCCCUUGAUAUUGUUUGCACAACCUGGAUACUGGCUUGGAAACAGGCUUUUGAAAUGAAAUGCGAUUUAUUUAAGCAGACAGGC